CCCCGGAGCUCCGCGCGCCGUCGCGCCGGCCGGGCGUCCCUGUGCUGCCUCGGCCGCCCAUGGGGGAGGUGGAGCCGGGGCCCGCGGGCCCGCUGGAGCCCCCGGAGCCGCCCGGCGCGCCCGCGAGCCGUCGGCCGGGCGGGAUUCGGGUCCUGAAGAGAAAUAUGAAACGCAAUGGGAGUAGGAAUUGUUUGAAUAGGAGGAGUAGGUUUGGUUCUCGAGAAAGAGACUGGCUGAGAGAAGAUGUGAAGAGAGGCUGUGUUUACCUUUAUGGAGCAGAGACAACCACUGCCACUACAACUUCCACCUCCACCGACUUGCAUCUUGUCCUGUGCACAGUAGAGACCCCAGCAUCAGAGAUCUGUGCCGGAGAGGGAAGGGAAAGCCUUUAUUUGCAGCUUCAUGGAGAUCUGGUCAGAAGACUGGACCCUACGGAACGGCCGCUUCAGAUUGUCUAUGAUUACUUGUCCAGACUAGGGUUCGAGGACCCUGUGCGCAUACAGGAGGAGGCGACAAAUCCUGACCUUGGCUGCAUGCUCCGGUUCUAUGGCGAAAAACCAUGCCAGAUGGAUCAUCUAGAUCGGAUCCUGUUGUCUGGGAUCUGUAAUGUACGCAAGGGAAAGACUCAGCUGCACAAGUGGGCUGAACGCCUAGUUGUUCUUUGUGGCACCUGCCUCAUCGUUUCCUCAGUGAAGGAUUGUCAGACUGGAAAGAUGCACAUAUUGCCUCUGGUGGGGGGAAAGGUAGAGGAAGUGAAGAGAAGGCAGUACUCACUGGCCUUCAGCUCCGCGGGGGCCCAGGCUCAGACCUAUCAUGUCAGUUUUGAGACCUUGGCUGAAUACCAGCGGUGGCAACGACAAGCAUCCAAGGUGGUGUCCCAGCGAAUCAGUACUGUGGAUCUCUCCUGUUACAGCCUCGAGGAGGUCCCCGAGCAUCUCUUCUAUAGUCAAGAUAUCACCUACCUCAACUUGCGACAUAACUUCAUGCAAUUAGAAAGACCAGGGGGCCUUGAUGCUCUUUACAAAUUUUCUCAGCUGAAGGGCCUGAACUUGUCCCACAAUAAACUUGGGGUGUUCCCUGUAUUGUUAUGUGAGAUUUCUACCUUGACUGAGCUCAACCUUUCCUGUAAUGGCCUCCAUAACUUACCGAGUCAGAUUGGCAAUCUACUAAAUCUUCAAACCCUUUGUCUUGAUGGCAACUAUCUGACUACUUUACCUGAAGAACUGGGAAAUCUGCCGCAGCUUUCGUCUCUGGGAAUUUCCUUCAACAACUUUAGUCAAAUUCCUGAGAUUUUUGAGAAACUCACUAUGUUAGAUAAGGUGGUGAUGGCAGGAAACCGAUUGGAAGUCCUCAACUUAGGGCUGCUUAACAGGAUGAGCCAUAUCAAGCACGUGGAUUUAAGGAUGAAUCAUUUGAAGACCAUGGUUGCUGAGAAUCUGGAGGCAAAUAAAUACAUCACCCACGUGGAUUUGCGAGACAAUCAACUGACUGACUUGGAUCUCAGCUCCCUGUGUAACUUGGAGCAGCUGCAUUGUGAGCGGAACCAGCUGAGGGAGCUGACACUGAGCGGCUUCUCCCUUAGGACGCUCUAUGCCAAUUCGAACAGACUGACAGCAGUGAAUGUCUACCCGGUGCCCGGACUGCUCACUUCCCUGGAACUCUCCCGAAACCUGCUAGAGUGUGUCCCCGACUGGGCCUGUGAAGCUAAGAAGAUAGAGGUAUUAGAUGUGAGUUAUAAUCUCCUGACGGAGGUUCCUAUGAGAAUUCUAAGCAGUUUGAGUCUCAGGAAACUGAUGUUGGGACACAAUCGUGUGCAAACGCUUCCAAUGCUGGUGGAGCACAUCCCGCUGGAGGUGUUGGAUGUUCAGCACAACCUACUCACCAGGCUGCCAGAAACCCUCUUCUCUAAGGCCUUAAAUCUCAGGUACUUGAAUGCGUCUGCCAAUAGUCUGGAGUCUUUGCCAUCUGCCAGUGCUGGGGAGGAGAGUCUGAGCGCACUGCAGCUGCUUUAUCUGACCAACAAUCUCCUGACGGAUCAGUGUGUGCCUGUCCUGGUGGGUCAUCCACACCUGCGGAUCUUACAUCUGGCCAACAACCAGCUACAGACUUUCCCUGCAAGCAAGCUGAAUAAAUUGGAGCAGCUGGAGGAGCUGAACCUGAGUGGCAACAAACUCAAAACCAUCCCCACGACCAUCGCCAACUGCAAAAGGCUGCACACUCUGGUUGCACAUUCCAACAACAUCAGCAUCUUCCCAGAAAUCCUGCAGCUGCCUCAGAUCCAGUGUGUAGACCUCAGUUGCAAUGACCUGACUGAAAUCCUGAUUCCAGAAGCUCUGCCUGCUUCUUUACAAGACCUUGACCUGACUGGAAAUACAAAUCUGGUUCUGGAGCACAAGACACUGGACACGUUUAGCCAUAUCACAACCCUGAAAAUUGAUCAGAAACCUUUGCCAAGUACUGAUUCUACAGUUACAUCAUCCUUCUGGAGCCAUGGCCUGGCUGAGAUGGCCGGGCAGAGAAAUAAAUUGUGUGUAUCUGCCCUGGCCGUGGAUAACUUUGCCGAGGGUGUGGGAGCUGUGUAUGGCAUGUUUGAUGGGGACCGAAACGAGGAGCUGCCUCGGCUGCUGCAGUGCACCAUGGCAGAUGUGCUCCUGGAGGAGGCUCAGCAGUCGGCUCAGGACACCGUCUUCAUGGCCAACACCUUUGUGGUCUCUCACAGGAAGUUAGGAAUGGCUGGCCAGAAGCUGGGCUCCUCUGCUCUCCUCUGUUACCUCCGGCCCGAUGCUGCCGAUCCGACAAGUAGCUUUAGCCUAACUGUGGCCAACGUUGGCACAUGCCAAGCCGUGCUGUGCCGAGGUGGGAAACCAAUGCCCCUCUCCAAAGUCUUCAGCCUGGAGCAGGAGCCGGAGGAGGCUCAGAGAGUGAAGGACCAGAAGGCCAUCAUCACAGAGGACAACAAAGUGAACGGAGUGACGUGCUGCACCCGGCUGCUGGGCUGCACAUACCUCUACCCCUGGGUCCUCCCCAGGCCCCACAUAGCCUCUGUCCCGCUCACCAUCCACGACGAGCUGCUGAUUCUGGGCAACAAAGCCUUGUGGGAACACCUGUCCUAUGCAGAAGCCAUCGACGCCGUGCACCGCGUGGAAGACCCAUUAGCAGCCGCCAAGAAGCUGUGCACGUUGGCCCAGAGUUACGGUUGCCAGGACAACGUGGGGGCCAUGGUGGUGUACCUGAACAUCGGCGAGGAAGGCUGCACUUGUGAAAUGAACGGGCUCACCCUUCCGGGCCCCGUGGGCUUUGCGGCCAGUGUCGUCAAGGACCCCCCCAAGCCAACCACCCCUUCGUCCAGCAGUGGCAUCGCCUCCGAGUUCAGCAGCGAGGUGUCCACCUCGGAGGUGAGCAGCGAGGUGGGCUCCACGGCUUCCGAUGAGCAUAACGCCGGGAGCCUGGAGGCCGGACUGCUCCCGAGGCCCGAGCGGCGCUGCAGCCUCCACCCUGCGCCCUCUGCGGGCGCCUUCCAGCGUCAGCCCUCGUGUGCAACUUUCUCAAGCAACCAGUCCGAUAACGGCCUGGACAGUGACGACGAGCAGCCCGUGGCGGGGGUGAUCACGAACGGCAGCAGGGUGGAGGUGGAAGUGGACGUCCACUGCUGCCGGGGGCGUGACCUGGAGAGCUCCCCUCCGGCCGCGGGGCGCCCACCUGCCCCGGGUCCCGAGGAGCAGGCGCGGGGGCUGCUCUGGGGAAUCCGAAGACAGAACAGCGUCAGCAGUGGCAUCCUGGGGCCGGCCAGCAGGGACAGACUGGAGCUGCAGAAGUCACCCUCCGCAUCCUGCCUCUACGGCAAGAAACUCUCCAAUGGCUCUGUCGUGCCCCUGGAAGACAGCCUGAACCUCAUCGAAGUGGCCACAGAAGUGCCCAAGAAGAAAACGGGCUAUUUUGCUGCCCCUACACAGCUGGAGCCAGAGGAUCAGUUUGUAGUCCCCCGGGACCUCGAAGAAGAAGUGAAGGAGCAGAUGAAGCACCACCAGGAAAGCAGGCUCGAGCCCGAGCCCAGCGAAGACGAUCGGACCGAGCUCCCGGAGGAGUUUGACACGGCUCUGUAGGGGCCGCUGUGCCCUCCCACAGCCGUCGGUCUCUGCAGAGCCAUGGGGGAGGGGGUACCGCUCGGAGCCCAGAGUGGAGCGCGCUGUCAGGGUCUUGCGAUAAGCUAGAAAAUGCCAUCAGUGUUAAGUUUCCCAUGUGACCUGCAUCGGAAUUCCCAGCAUUCCUGGGAAGAAAGCGUCCUACCACCUGCCAUUAACCCUUUCUCUCCUAGGAUAAUUUUGAGAAUUUGCCUGCCUGGGCAGGAAAGGGACCAUUUCUGUGGAGGAGAUGACGGAAGAUCGAUUCCCUUUCCUAAUUGCUGCUGAUGGAUCUCUGUGACAGAGAAAUCACCUUAUAUCUCAGCCUGAUGGAUGGGAUGGGAUGUGACGAGUCACAUGGCGUUUCAUUCUUCUCUACGAGAAUACAAAAUGACGUUUAUUGGAAAUGUAGAACCAAUCAAACAGCUAAUUUAUGUAUGUAAUGUAAUGAGAGCACUUUUCAUUGACUGUGAACUUUUUAUUUUUGAAUCUGCACUCGAGCCAAUAUUCUUAGAGGCAGCCCAGCACCUUUGUCUACAGGCAGAAUCGUCCUUGACUGGGUGUUGGAGCCUCCUGUGAGGGUACAUGGAAGCAUCCUGGGGAAUUGCUCUAACUGUUGCAUGUCAGACUGUGAAGCGCCUGAGGAAUCUGGGGGAUUGCGUGGGGACAGAUAGGAUCUUCUCUGAGGAUGAAGCCAGGGAAGGAGAGAGGACCCUGAUCAGAAAGAGAAUAAAUAACUCCUUGACAAAUGAGACACCUGCUGGGCACUUCUCAGUAGCUCCCCAAAGGCGCCUGGGGAUUGGCUUCUUUCCAUGACCCGUGGUGGCUUCAGCAGCCAGCCUCCUACUGUGUAGGGUGGAGGCUGCGUGUGCCCAUGGGCCCCUGAGGUAGGGCCCGUGACUCCGAAACCCUGGGGCUGACAGGACAGGUAACAGGGCUGUUCCCAGGCCAGGCCGUGCUUUCUGUCCCUCUAGAGGGUGGUUUUCUCAGAUGUUGGGAAUAAGAGAGUUCGCCUCUAGAGUGGCUAGCACAGUCUUGACAGAAGACUGCUUGUCCACCUCACAUAGCUUUUCAGAGUACUGGGCCAAGUCAUUCAUAUGAGAAAGACUUGAUGGAGAAAGUCCUAAGCCUACAAAAAAAAAAAAAAAACCUGGUUUACUGUAUUAUUUGCACAUUCCAUGUAACGCUAGCAAAAUGCAGUUCCUUCCAUAUUUCUGUUGCCUUCUCCCAUGAAAGAUUUACUUAGGAAAUUAACUCCUAUUCUACAAAAUUUUGACAUGGCUUGAUUUUACCCAGUGGGGAAUGUGCUUUGAAUUUCCAGAAUACUUUCACAACUCAAAAGAAAAUAGAGUGGAACCAUUUUCAGUUUGUUUCAUGAGAAACAAAAUAUUAAAGAUAAGAUUUUUAUACACACAUACAUACAUCUAUAUUUAUGAGGAUUUUUUUAAGUUUACUAAAGCAAUAGUAGGAAGCCAGAUGACCUGUUCACAUGUGUGCACCUUCUGCAAGGCCCUGUGCAUGUGUGUGUGUGUGUGUGUGUGUGUGUGUGUGUGUGUGUGUGUGUGUGUAUAGAGUUCUGUACCACCAGUUCUGAGAGUUUCAUUCCACUCCUCUGAAAUUCAACCCCUGAAGAUUAUGAACUUUGAUGGGGCCAGAGAGAUAGUAUAGCGGGUAAGGCAUUUGCCUUGAAUGCAACUGACCCGGGUUCAAUCCCCAGCACCCCAUAUGGUUCCCCAAGCCCGCCAGGAGUGAUCCCUGAGUGCAGAGCCAGGAGAACCCUGAGCACUGUCAAAUGUGGGCCAAAACCAAAAUUAUGUAUUUGAGAAUUUGAGUCUCCAAAUCCCUGACCUUCUCUGUGUUAAACUACUGGUCAGCUACUGAAAAACUGUAGAACUCAGGUCUUGAUUUGAAAUGGUUCAGCACAUAAGUGGGUGUUUCAAAGCCCAGGUGUUGUUAAAUUGACAGAAUGAUAAUAUGUUGCUGCCUUAUUUUUAUAUGGGAAAAUGGGGGAAAAAAUGAUGGAAAAACCCAACAAGUUAGUGAUGGAUGAUGUAAAACAUCUUUCUGCUCAGAUAGCAGAACUUUUAAAUUAUGGAGUAUGAUAUUGUUUAGAAAUUUUCUUUUUUACUAAAACCACUUUAAUAGUAUUGUCUCUUUUCAAAAAAAUCAUCCUUUAUUUGUGAGCCCUUUUGUUUUCUCUUUGUUUCCCUUCCUACUGAUUGGAACCACCACAAAACCUAGUUCUGAAAUAACUUUACCCCAAAUUUUUUUUUUUAUUUUAGUCAGAAGAACUUAAAAAUUCCAAAUGUUCUUUCAUGUGGUAGGUUCAUUUUUAGGAAACAUUAGGUUGUACUGGAAACCUUUUAUGUAAGCUAAACCAAAACCGAUGAUGAUUCUUUUAUUGUGACUUCCUUUAAUCAUCUUCCUCUGUACUUGCUCUGUCUUAACAGAGAGGGUAAGAGGGCCAUAGCCCUUUACCAAAAAAUACCGUAUGGAACUCUUGACCUCAGAGGUCAGCUCGGCCACUGUAUUAGCCGGUGAGGCUGGCCAGUGGAGAGAGCCGGUCAUCUGUCUCCAGGUGAAUGUAAUCUCCUUCCAGGACUUUUCACAGCGGGGCGUCGGCGGGUGGCAGAGCGCAACGAUCUCUAGCCCCGAGAUUCCGGCCUCUGCACGGAUCUCAGGUCUCAUGGUACCUCCCCUUCAUCGAAGAGCGUCACUGCUCCUCGCUGGAGCACUCAGGAGUCCCACGGAAGAAAGAAAAAUACCUGAGUGUGGGCCACAACCAUGGUAUUCUUAUUUUUAUCUGGAUGGAUUAGAGAUCUAUUUGGAACUUUGCUAGUAUGUCACAGUGCUACCACAGUCAUUGAGUCCCCUGCCUGCUGCGGCGGGGGCUUUGUUGUGCUAUUGUAGAGUGUGUGUAGAGUAAGGGGAUGAAUUCACUUUCUGGGUGUGUGGACGAGCCAACACGAGCAGCUGGCUAAUGCCGGGUGCUGUCAGCAUGUCAGCAUUGUUCGUAGUGAGUGCUGUUUUCCAGGAGCCGGAGCCAGUUCGGUUUGUCUUGUCUACCACACAGCAAACGAUGCUCUUCUUUCCACAUGAACCUUCAGCAAACACAGGUACUUGGAAGCCACAGGCUCACCUCCAUCUACUCAAUAAUUCUUAAUAAAGAGACCUCCAUGAAGGGAGCACUUGGCUGUUACCAAUAAACGUACCAAUUAUCCAAUAAUUAGUCUCCAAGCCAUUCGGUGAUGUCUGCAGCAUCACUGUAGAACUGUCUUGUGUCACUUUUUACUUCCCUUCGGGAGAGGGCUUUCAGGUCCCCCCCACCGGCACCUCUCAAUCAUGGAGGAAGCGCCUCUUCCUCUCCAGCUAGUGACUUCUGCCCCCUGGUUGGGGAAACACUUCCUAGACUGAGAAACACAGCUCCAGUGGGUCCUGCUGUGGCCCUCACUGGUGAUCGCUCACUCACACAUAACGCUCCUUGUAUUCUAACUGUCGUGCACUUCUAAUGCUCUCGGGUUUUCUCUCUGUUGGCCACGGGUGCCAUCCAGACAGUGAGUUCAUAUCUUAUGGUUUUGUGCAAUCAUUGUCGUAUUGUAGUCCUAAGACUCAUUAUAGUGUAUUUUUGAUAUUUUUGAAAUGUGUUAAAUUUUUUAAUUCAAUAAUAUGAGCCAGAGCAUGUUGCAGCAAAUCUAUUGUUUGUAAAAAAUAAUAACAAUAAUAAAUAACAUAAAAUGGAAUCUUUUUGAUGGCUUUGUUUUAAAAUGGAAUUACCUUUUUUUUUUUUUACAAACAUUUUAGCAUGAAACUGUGAUUUUCUCUCAUUUGUAUGUAGGAUUAGUUUCUUAGCUAUGAGUUCCUAUAAGGUGUUGUAGCUUUUCUUGCUGUAGAAGAAGAUAAACAGAUGAUGACCACAUUCCAUGACAUUCUAUAAGACUGAGUUAAGAAGCUUUUUAAUCACCUUUCAAGCUGAAAAGCAAUAAAGAUUUCUUUUUUUGUUGAGACAUUA